ACCUACCAGGGAGUGGACCCGGUCGCCACCACAAUGCGGGACGUCUACAAGAAAUUCGACCUGGGCCAGGACGUCAUCGACUUCACCGGGCACGCCCUGGCCCUCUAUCGAACGGAUGACUACCUCGACCUCCCGUGCGGAGAGACGGUGAAUCGUAUCAAGCUGUACAGCGAGUCCCUGGCUCGGUACGGGAAGAGUCCAUACCUCUACCCUCUGUAUGGGCUCGGGGAGCUCCCACAAGGGUUUGCCAGGUAA